AUGCUGCUUUGGAUUCUGUUGCUGGAGACGUCUCUUUGUUUUGCCGCUGGAAACGUUACAGGGGACGUUUGCAAAGAGAAGAUCUGUUCCUGCAAUGAGAUAGAAGGGGACCUACACGUAGACUGUGAAAAAAAGGGCUUUACAAGUCUUCAGCGUUUCACCGCCCCGACUUCCCAGUUUUACCAUCUAUUUCUGCAUGGCAAUUCCCUCACUCGACUUUUCCCUAAUGAGUUCGCUAACUUUUAUAAUGCGGUUAGUUUGCACAUGGAAAAUAAUGGCUUGCAUGAAAUCGUUCCUGGGGCUUUUCUGGGGCUGCAGCUGGUGAAAAGGCUGCACAUCAAUAACAACAAGAUCAAAUCUUUUCGAAAGCAGACUUUCCUGGGGCUGGACGAUCUGGAAUACCUCCAGGCUGAUUUUAAUUUAUUACGGGAUAUAGACCCGGGGGCCUUCCAGGACUUGAACAAGCUGGAGGUACUCAUUUUAAACGACAAUCUCAUCAGCACCCUACCUGCCAAUGUGUUCCAAUAUGUGCCCAUCACUCACCUCGACCUCCGGGGAAACAGGCUGAAAACACUGCCCUACGAGGAGGUCUUGGAGCAAAUCCCUGGCAUUGCCGAGAUCCUGCUAGAGGAUAACCCAUGGGACUGCACUUGUGAUCUGCUCUCCCUGAAAGAAUGGCUCGAAAACAUUCCCAAAAAUGCCCUGAUCGGCCGAGUAGUCUGCGAAGCCCCCACCAGACUGCAGGGCAAAGACCUCAAUGAAACCACUGAACAGGACUUGUGUCCUUUGAAAAACAGAGUGGAUUCUAGUCUCCCGGCUCCUCCUGCCCAAGAAGAGACCUUCGCUCCUGGCCCCCUGCCAACUCCUUUCAAGACAAAUGGGCAAGAAAAUCAUGCCACCCCAGGGUCGGCUCCAAACGGAGGUACAAAGAUCCCAGGCAACUGGCAGAUCAAAAUCAGACCCACGGCAGCGAUAGCUACCGGCAGCGCCAGAAACAAACCCCCAGCCAACGGCUUGCCCUGCCCUGGGGGCUGCAGCUGCGACCACAUCCCAGGGUCGGGUUUAAAGAUGAACUGCAACAACCGGAACGUGAGCAGCUUGGCUGAUUUGAAGCUCAAGCUUUCCAACGUGCAGGAGCUUUUCCUGCGAGAUAACAAGAUCCACAGCAUCCGAAAAUCGCACUUUGUGGAUUACAAGGAUCUCAUUCUGUUGGAUCUGGGCAACAAUAACAUUGCCACGGUAGAGAACAACACUUUUAAGAACCUUUUGGACCUCAGGUGGUUGUAUAUGGAUAGUAACUACCUUGACACGCUGUCCCGGGAGAAAUUCGCCGGGCUGCAAAACCUUGAGUACCUGAACGUGGAGUACAACGCCAUCCAGCUCAUCCUUCCCGGCACCUUCAAUGCCAUGCCCAAACUGAGGAUCCUCAUCCUGAACAACAACUUGCUGAGGUCCCUGCCCGUGGACGUGUUUGCUGGGGUCUCGCUCUCUAAACUCAGCCUGCACAACAAUUACUUCAUGUACCUUCCGGUGGCAGGGGUGCUGGACCAGUUAACCGCCAUCAUCCAGAUAGACCUGCACGGAAACCCCUGGGAGUGCUCCUGCACCAUCGUGCCUUUCAAGCAAUGGGCAGAACGCCUGGGUUCCGAAGUGCUGAUGAGCGACCUCAAGUGCGAGACGCCAGUGAACUUCUUUCGGAAGGAUUUCAUGCUCCUCUCCAAUGACGAGAUCUGCCCCCAGCUGUACGCGAGGCUCUCGCCCACGUUAACUUCGCACAGUAAAAACAGCACUGGGUUGGCGGAGACCGGGACGCACUCCAACUCCUACUUAGACACCAGCAGGGUGUCCAUCUCCGUGCUGGUCCCGGGGCUGCUGCUGGUGUUUGUCACCUCCGCCUUCACUGUGGUGGGCAUGCUCGUGUUUAUCCUGAGGAAUCGAAAGCGGUCUAAGAGAAGGGACGCCAACUCCUCGGCGUCCGAGAUUAAUUCCCUACAGACCGUCUGUGACUCUUCCUACUGGCACAGUGGGCCUUACAACGCAGAUGGGGCCCACAGAGUGUAUGACUGUGGCUCCCACUCGCUCUCAGACUAA